AUGUCUUGUAUGAACAAGGAUAAUCAGAGCAGAGUGUCUGAAUUCCUCCUCUUAGGGCUGCCUAUUCAGCUGGAAGAUCAAGGUAUGUACUAUGCCCUGUUCCUGGUCCUGUACCUGACCACAGUGCUGGGGAACCUGCUCAUCAUCCUGCUCAUCAGGCUGGACUCCCGCCUCCACACCCCCAUGUACUUCUUCCUCAGCCACUUGGCUCUCGCUGACAUCUCUUUCUCAUCAGUCACAAUUCCAAAGAUGCUCACGAACAUGCUGACACAGAGCCAAUCCAUCUCUUAUGCUGGGUGCAUCUCCCAAUCAUAUUUUUUCGCAUUGUUUGCAGAUAUUGACAGCUUUCUUCUCACCUCAAUGGCCUAUGAUAGGUAUGUGGCUAUCUGUCACCCCCUGCAUUACUUCACCAUCAUGAGCCAGAGACUCUGCUUUCUGCUAGUAACUGUCUCCUGGGUGCUAUCCAUUGCCAAUGCCCUUUUGCACACCGUACUCUUAUCCUUUCUCUCUUUUGCUGGAGCCAACACUCUCCAUCACUUUUUCUGUGAUCUCUCUGCCUUACUCAAGCUGUCCAGUUCAGACACCACCAUCAAUCAGGUGGUCAUCCUUAUUGUGGGAACCGUCAUCAUAAUUCUGCCUUUCCUAUGCAUUCUGGUGUCUUAUGGCCGCAUUGGGGCCACUAUUCUUAGAACUUCCUCAAUCAGGGGAAUCAGAAAAGCUUUAUCCACAUGCGGCUCUCACCUUUGUGUGGUUUCUCUGUACUAUGGAGGAAUUAUUGGGAUCUACUUAUUACCUUCUUCCAGUAACUCUAAUCAGAAAGAUAUCAUUAUAAGUGUGUUGUACAGUGUGGUCACUCCCAUGGUAAAUCCCUUUAUCUACAGUCUCAGGAAUCAGGAUAUGAAAAGAGCUCUUAAAAAUCUACUCAGCAGAGGAAUAUUUUCAGCAUGA